UUAGGGUUUAUAUAUUUUCCAGCUCUUCAUCAGUUUCUUCAAAGGAAAAAAAAAGACUAGCUUUGUUCCAUUAUUUUCUUAGAAUCCAAGCAACAAAAAAGAAAAUGUGGGUUAAUGAGAUUAAGUCAGAAUCUGACCUUGCUUCCUUGGACAUCAUUAGCCAGAAUCUUCUAGCUGAUGAUUUUGAAGCUUCUUUAACUUCUUCAGCCAUGGCGUCCAGCUUCAAUGAUCCCUUUUUCUGCAGCUUUACUAGUCUCCUUAGCUCAACAAAGCCUGAAGAAGCGGAGGAGGAGCCGCCGCCGGAAGCGAGUCAAGCGGAGGCUGCUGCAACGGUGGCGGCGCGUGUAAAAACGGUGCAUUACAGAGGAGUGAGGAGGAGGCCGUGGGGGAAGUACGCGGCGGAGAUAAGGGAUCCCGACAGGAACGGUUUAAGGGUUUGGUUAGGGACUUACGAAACGCCGGAGGACGCUGCGUUGGCUUACGAUAAAGCCGCUUUCAAGAUUCGUGGCGCCAAAGCUAAGCUCAAUUUCCCUCACUUGAUCGGCUCGAGUAAAGUCGAGCCAAUUAGAGUCGGACCACGGCGCCGGUCACCUGAGCAGUCGUCUUCUUCGUCGUUUUCCACGGUGAAUACUCCCGUCUCGUCUAUGUCAAAGCGGAAAAAGAGGGACAAUUAACGGCCUCGAAUCAAUAUAUAGAUGACAGCCUUUGUGUGUGUGUUUUUUAAGAUUAUUUUCUCUAAAAUUUGAAAAAUGAAUUUUGUAAUAUAUUUGAUCAUUCUACAUAAAAUAUUUUUUUCAUUCCA